AUGACUAGCAAGACUGUCAUGGGCCAAAAUUAUGUGACCUUUGAGAAGAGGCUGAGGAACCUAGGCUUGUUUAGUCUGGCAAAGCAGCAGCUAAGUGGUGAUCUAAUAGCUGCCCACAGCAGCUUGAAUGGGAAUUGCACAGAUGGCAGAACCAAAUUCCUCCUGGUACUGAUAGAUGGUACAAUAAGAGACAACAACCCCAAGAUGCAGCUUGGAAGUUUAAGUUUGAACCUUAAACAUUUAAAAGAGAAGCUGGAGGAAUACAUGAUCCGUUUUGCCAAAGUGAGGAUUGUACGUACCAAGAAACGAGAAGGGCUCAUUCGGACCAGACUGCUAGGAGCCUCGCUGGCUAGAGGAGAAGUCUUGACAUUUCUGGAUUCCCAUUGCGAAGUCAACGUGAAUUGGCUGCCUCCCUUGCUUAACCAGAUUGCACUAAACCACAAAACCAUCGUGUGUCCUAUGAUCGAUGUCAUUGACCACAAUCACUUUGGCUACGAGGCACAGGCGGGGGAUGCCAUGCGAGGAGCUUUUGACUGGGAAAUGUACUACAAAAGAAUACCGAUUCCUCCAGAGCUCCAGAGAGCUGAUCCCAGCGACCCCUUUGAGUCUCCUGUAAUGGCUGGAGGUCUAUUUGCCGUUAACCGGAAGUGGUUUUGGGAGCUGGGAGGCUAUGAUCCAGGAUUAGAAAUAUGGGGAGGAGAGCAGUAUGAAAUCUCCUUUAAGGUGUGGAUGUGUGGAGGUGGCAUGUUUGAUGUUCCAUGCUCUCGAGUUGGGCAUAUCUACAGGAAGUAUGUCCCAUAUAAAGUCCCUUCUGGAACGAGCCUAGCACGGAACCUGAAGCGCGUGGCAGAGACAUGGAUGGAUGAGUUUGCAGAAUACAUUUACCAGCGACGGCCUGAGUAUAGACAUCUCUCAACUGGUGAUAUCUCUGCCCAGAAGGAACUCCGCAAGCACCUUAAAUGUAAAGAUUUCAAGUGGUUCAUGGCUGCAGUGGCUUGGGAUGUCCCCAAAUAUUACCCUCCUGUGGAGCCUCCACCUGCUGCCUGGGGAGAGAUUCGAAACGUGGCAGCCAACCUCUGUGUGGACAGUAAACACGGAGCCACAGGGACUGAGCUGAGGCUGGACAUCUGUGUGAAGGAUGGCUCAGAACGGACAUGGUCACAUGAACAGCUCUUCACUUUUGGUUGGAGAGAAGACAUCCGACCUGGGGAGCCCCUUCACACCAGGAAGUUCUGCUUCGACGCCAUUUCACACAGUAGCCCUGUCACACUGUAUGACUGUCAUGGGAUGAAGGGAAACCAGCACUGGAGCUAUAGGAAGGACAAAACUUUGUUCCAUCCCGUAAGCAGCAGCUGCAUAGAUUGCAACCCAGCCGAGAAGAAGAUUUUCAUGAACAGAUGCGAUCCUUUAUCUGAAACUCAACAGUGGAUUUUUGAACAUAUUAAUAAGACUGUUUUAGAAAAAUUUAACAGCAAGGCCAGUUCCUAGGAAAAAGAAAAAAAAAAAAAGAAAAGAAAAAAAAAGAAACUAUGAACACCCCGUAAAGACUGCAGACUACACUUUUGCCAGCAUCUGGGUCAAAGGAGUCAGGAAUUAAAUUUCCUAGAUCCAGGAAAUCUGUUCUGAGGAUUAAGAAAAUGCCACAGCAAGAGCCAGCAGGCUGUCCUUGUGGAUGUACAGUAUCUGGAGAACUUGGCCAAGAGCCUCACCGGAUGCUGCUGAGAACUUCAGGCUGAAAAUUCCCUUGCUGGUCGAGGGAAAAACUUUGUUUAAAAACUGUUUAAAAGUACUCCAAGUUAAUAAAGUAAAACAAAACU